AUGCCGCCACUCAAUGAUAGCGAGCAACACGAGCGUAUGCUCACAGCUCUCAGGCGUCGAAUCCGCGAUCUCCGGUCCAAUCCAGAGAAUCGCUCACUCGUAAUUGCAAGGCUGAAUGCAAUUUCCCGUCUGGCGCGCAUAUGUGCACAGUUCGGGAAGGAUGCUCGUUUUACGCAGCUUUGUGAUACCCUUCAAAGAGUUGCAGAUGCCCUGGAACGAAUGGUUCUUGAAUCUUCAUUGUUCCCUUGUCCUGUCGCUGACGUCGAUAGAGAUAAGGGGAAGGUUGACGAAGAGACUGACCAGCAGGCUGAUGCAGACAAUAGUGAUGAGGAAGGUGAGAUGGAUUCCAGCGACGACAACUAUAUCGCACGCUUGCUUCUUGGUUUAAAAUGGGCCCAAUCGGUAGUUGAUUUUGCGGAAGAGCCAUUUGGGGAGAUUGACGCUAGUGACAAUGAAAGUGAGAUGGAUCCCAGCGAUGAUGGCUAUAUCGCACGCUUGCUCCUUGGGCCGAGCUGGGCUACCCCGAUAGCUGAUUUUCCUGAGGAGUCAUAUGGGGGGAAGGAGGCGUUGGGUAAGUGA